UCGGGGUAUGGAGGAGGAGGUAGCUGGAGUAGUGGGGGGCGUGGUGGAGGUAGAUGAUGGUGCVCACGUCGAGAGAGAGGAGGGCGUGCUGCCAUCAGAGGUUGAGAGAGARGACGAUGUGGUGAGGAUGCAGGAGGCGACGAUGAGGGACGAUGAGGGAGAGGAGGCUGUGGCAGGGGUAGACGAGAGCGUGGCUGGGGUAGAUGAUGGUGCUUCCCAGGUUGAGAUGGAGGAGGAUGUGGUGAGGGCAGAUGCUGUUGCGUUGGUUGGGGGAGCGGAGGGUGUGGUAGGGGGGGACGUCGCCCAUGGUAUAGGAGAGGGGGGCGCCCACCUUGACCCAAUUGUCCAGCGUUUCGUCGAUGACGAGAUGGGUCCCACACUAGCGGGGUUGACCCCGGGCACGAGGAGGGCACUGGGGGCGUCGCCAUCAGGACAGAGGGGGGCGUCAGGGCUGGGGAUGGGGGAUUUCAUGGACAUGUCUUUGGGGGCUCCGCCCACCCCUGCUCACGCAGAGAGAGAGGAUGUGGCGCGUGCCCUAGCGGCCGCUAGGUACUCCACACAGGAGAUCGAGCAGGCAUUUGCAGGACGCUCCGGGAGAGAGACAGACUCGCUUCAGCAGGGGUGCGAGGAGGUAGUAGAGCAGCCACAGGAGGAGCGUGAGGAUGCACCCCCUGCGGAUAUCCACGGAGGUAGUAGUUCGUUGGUACCGUUCACGGGCUCGCAGAUGACGACGACGAUGCGGCCAGUUCGACCGUGUGUGCAGGGAUCAGGUUCUGGGGAGGAGGCAUUUGUUAAGGUACCACCGGUCAUAGUCGUAGAUUUAGGAUCUGAGGCAGUUCUUCAUACAGCGCUUAUUGGGCGGCGAGCUCCUCAGGAUACAACUCGCCCAUUGGAUUUCGCGGAGCUCGCACGGGCUGCUGUGCGUGACGUGACGCAGCGGGAGGACACCGACCCUAGCAGACCACUUAUGCCACCUCCUCCUCCGAGAUCACGUCACAGCGAUUCCCCCUCGACACCAGUCGGUCGGCCCCCCAGUUCACCAUCCACGCCCACCAGACCCAGGGUUCGUGACAUGACGGCCGUAGGGAGCCUCCCUCUUGACACGUCGCUAUUCGGGAGGACGGAUAUCGACCUGGAGUCCGUACGUCGGGUCACAGUGCACACUGCACGACAGCAGCCAGGUUUGGGUGCGGCUGACACCGGGAGGGGUGCGCCAAGGGAGCUCAUGAUGGCAGUAUCUCAGUCGCGAGAUGUUCGCGGGGUUGGACAACCCGGGAGCGGAGUCGCUCGUACGAGUUUCAUGCCUCAGAUGAUGCCUGCCACGGGGGAUGCCGCAUUGGAGGAGUCUUCUGGAGCCGAGGGGUUGGAGAUGCCGCGCGGUUCUCGUCGUGAGAAGACAGUCGCAGAGGUGACUCAGGUGAGUGCUAGGCUUGUUCGGGUGAGGACGGGGGCUGCCCAUGUGACCGUGGUGGAGGACGAUCCCAAGACGGAGCUUGCACGUGAGGAGGCCCCACAGGAGGGUGACGAGUACAGGGACGACGAGGAGCGUGAGGAGGAGGAGAGCGACAGCGGGGAUGAUGACAGCUACCACGACGACGACGACGAGCCCUCCCCUCCACCGCGACAUGGUUCUCGUAGACGACGUCGCUCUCGUAGAGGACAUGAUGACGUAGACGACCCGUCCCCUCCAGGGCGACGGGAGACGAGGAGUCAGUGGAGGCAAGGGUCAUCCGUUGCGACAACGCCAAGGCGAGGAAGUGUUUCGUCGACACGCAGCACGAGUGGGGCGAGGCAGAGAGGCAGUGGUAAGGGGAAGGGAAGUCAACGGUAUUGACAGCUUCGUUCCCCUUCCAAUGCUUCGACGACGCCCUUAUGUUGUUUGUGCUUAGUGUU